CCUCAAACCAAGAACUACACCGGUUCACCCGAGGAGGCCAUUGGCGGAGAGGCGUCACGUGACCACGGGGUGCCAAUGUUCUUCUACAAGGGUGUCAAGACCCUGUCACUUUGUGAAAUAAAUAUCGGGAAACGGCGAGAUGCAAAAGGCAACCUACUACGACAGCGCGGCAAUUUACAGUGGCUACCCGUAUCAAAGCGCAAAUGGCUUCAGUUAUGAUGCCAAUCAGGUCCAAUAUCCCCGCGCCUCUCAUGUGGAAAGUGACUACCAUCGACCCGCCUGCUCCCUGCAGUCUCCUGACGGCUCCGUGGCUCCUCUGCACAAGCCGGUGGAGAUGGCGGCGGAGAGCUGCGACGCCGCCCGAGCGGCGCCGUCCAAGGCGCAUCAUCCCGAGAGCACCCCUCCUCCCUCGCGGUCCCCCUCCGAUACCGGCCAGAACGCCAACAACAACGGCGGCGGCCAGCCCAGCGCCAAGAACGGCUCGCCGUCCUCGGGCGCCCGCGGCAAGCAGAUCUUCCCCUGGAUGAAGGAGUCCCGACAGAACACCAAGCAGAAACCCGCAAAUAGCGCCAGUUCAGUGGAGAGUUGCCCGGGAGACAAGAGUCCUCCCGGCUCAGCCGCCUCCAAGAGGGCCCGGACGGCUUACACCAGCGCCCAGCUCGUGGAGUUGGAGAAGGAGUUCCACUUCAACCGGUACCUGUGCAGGCCUCGGAGGGUGGAGAUGGCCAACCUACUCAACCUGACAGAGAGACAGAUCAAAAUCUGGUUCCAGAACCGCAGGAUGAAAUACAAGAAGGAUCAGAAGGGCGUGGGGAUGCUGCCUUCCCCCGGGGGGCAGUCCCCUCGGAGUCCAGUGGGGCCUUCUUCCGGCGGGGGAUACCUCAGCUCUAUGCAUUCUCUGGUAAACAGUGUUCCUUACGAGUCCCGGUCGCCGACGUCUUACAGUAAGAAUCAUCAGAACGCGUACGGCAUGGCCACGUCGUACCCCCCUGCUCUGAACAACUCCCACAAGAGGUAUCCCGACUCGGCCACGCCCGAGUAUGACGCGCACCCCCUGCAGGGGGGCAACUACGGCACGCACAUGCAGGGCAGCCCCGUUUAUAUCGGCGGAGGUUACGUGGAACCCAUGCCCAACUCCGGGGCUUCUGUUUUCGGCCUCACCCACCUCCCGCACCCGCCGUCCUCCAACAUGGACUACAAUGGAGCAAUCACAAUGGGCAACAGUCAGCAUCACGGUGUGUGCGAUCCCACACCCACGUACACGGACCUUACACCGCAAUACUCUCAGGGAAGAAUCCAGGAGGCGCCGAAACUGACUCAUCUGUAGCGGUGGCGCAGUCCGUAUCACUCCGCCCAUUGUCUUGUAGCCACCUCGGGGUCGCAUCACCGUCUUUUCUUUGUGUGCCUCCACACUGCGUCUACCUUCUCUCUUUCUCGCGCUCUCCCUUCCCCCCCCCCCCCCCCCCUUUUCGGUUUCCUUUAGUUUGAUGAUGUGUGAAGUAGCCUAUAGGAUAAAUAAUCUUUUCUUUUCUUUUCUUUUCUGAAAAAGAAAUUUCUGUGGGUUUGAGGAGGCCUAUUUAAUCUAUUUUUAAAUGUUUUUGGUUUUUUUUCCAAUUCAAACAGGGUAUUAUGAAAACAUGUUAUUCGUUUUGUAUGUGAACUUAUUUAUCCGCAUUUGAAGUUGAUUUUAUAUUUUUUGGAAAUGCAUUUUGUUGCACUUGUGGAAGGAUCCAGAAAUGCAUUUGUCAAAAUAAGGGUAACGAGCAUAUAGGCUGCAACCCCUUUGCUUGUGUUGUUCUAUUUGGACUCUGAUGUUAUUUAUUUUUUGUUUAGUGUUAAAACUACCCCUUUGACACUUUUGCGAGAAGCUCAGUGUGUUCAAGCCCCCCGCCCCCAUUUUCAGCCCACAUCUGCUAUCAUCACGCAAGAUCCAUUUUCAC